UUCUCAUUUACUUACACAGAGCCUGUUCAGUGGGGAAUUAUCUUGUUAGUUCUAAUCGUAUACAGUGUGUGUGUGGUGUAAAUAUAUGGCCAUUUAAAAUUCAAAUACAGAAUGUGGAGGUCAUUGUAGGAACCUUCUGAGCCUCAGCAAGUGUGAAUGAAUUAUCAGACUUUCAUUCUUUCCUCACUGUUCACAUUACUAUUUGCAGCUGGGAGCUAUGCCAUAAGUUACCUUUAUAUAAGCAUUGAAAAUUCCAAGGCUUUAAAAACAAAAUAUUUCUUCUUCUUUUACUCCCAGUUUUAUUUGUAAGCUGUAAAAACAUAUGGUGUGCCUGCUGAUCAGAAACUGGUUGAGAUGUUCAAAAUUUGUUAAGCCAGGAAAAAAUCCUCAAAAUAAUGAACAUGGUGAAAAAUAAAGAAGUGAGCAUUGAAGGAGCUUUGCAUUUGGCACGGAAAGAGGUGUAUGCUGAAAAGGAUUCACAGGAUUUGCUAACUGGCUCACAAUUUAACUUCAGUAUCUACAAAUACAAACACUAUCGGUGGCAGAAACGAAUUUUGCAGAUUGAUUUCAACACAAAGACCAUUUUUAACAUUGAAAAAGGGAUUAUUAAGAAACAGUUUCCUUUCUCACAAGUCAAAGCCUGUGAAGAUACUGAAAGGAGACGCUUCAGCAUUAUGUUUCAUGGGCGACAAGAUUAUGAGCUGGAAGCAGUGUCUCUUGAUGAUAAAAGGAAGAUAAUAUACCUUCUGAGCAGAGUUAUACAGAGCAAUUCAUUCAAGAGACCAGCUGAGUCCUGCUCUGGAAGAGCUGCAGAAUGUGAUGUUAUACAUGAAGGACUGCUGGAUUUGCAGCAAAACACUUCUGCAUCCACUGAAUGGGUGAAGUACUUGGUACAACUUCGUGAAGGAGAACUGACUUUAUGUUGCAUAGGUCUGGGAGGAAAGAACAAGACUGCAGACCCUGGAACAAAUACCAUUAAUUUGUCAGGUGGUAAUGUGAGUGUCAGCAAGGAGAAUGGAUGCAGUACCUUUUCAGUUCAUACUAAAGAACACAAUUAUUUGUUUCGAAUACCCUUUACUGUCCAAAAUAACAGACCAGAGGAUGUUAGCAAGCUCCAGAAUGAAUGGGUGUCUCUCAUAGAAAGGUACUGUCAGCUGUGCAAGUGUGCCUCACUGCUUCAGGAGGGAUCUCAAGGAUGCACCUCCUCUGAAGCUGAUUAUGAGGAUUUUACCGUACCUCUGAAUGAGCAGAAAGAGGAGGCCCUCUACGUUGGUGUGAGUUCUGCAACAACCGGUCUGAACAAGUCUCCUCUCCCCCAGACAAAGCCUGUAGAGGGGGAAGCAGCCCCAGCAUCACCAUCUCUUCCACUUCCCAUAAGUAAGGUGGAAGUACCGCCAGCCCUACCUGUGUUUCCACAGCCCUGCGGCCUCUCUCUAUUGACAAAGAGAACCAAAGCUUUUCACUGGGAUAUUGUUCCUUGUGAUAAGAUGUGUAAAAUCCCCCACUUAGGCCAAAGGUUGGAUCUCCUGCUUACCAUACGUGAGCUGCCUGUGAGCAUGAGAGAUUUGGAGCCUCUAAUAAACCAGAAAAUCCAAGCGAGUAAGCAACUGCAAUCCAGCCAGAAAUUUGUUGCUGUCUUAGAGUACAUUUUAGCCAUUGGGAACCACUUAAAUGAAAAGGCUGGAAAAGAGAAGGCUAAAGGAUUUCGCCUGUCGUCUUUGACCAAAUUACCUCUGUUGUGGGGUAAGGAGAGGACAUUCACCUUGCUUCACGCCCUUGUGGAGCAGAUCUUCUUACAUGAGCCUGAUUUGGCUAAAUUUUCUCAGGAGUUGACAGAAUUUGAAGCUGUUCCUGAUGCUUCCAUGAAGGGCCUCAGUGCUGAAGUUGAUGUUUUAAAAAAAGAAUUGGAAAACAUUGUUCAGUGCAGGCGGCUUAUUAAACCCAAGACAAUCAAGGCAACACCCCAGGAGUCACAGUUCUGCAAGGAACUAAAGGAUUUAAUUCAGAAAUAUGAAGGGGAUCUAUCCCAGCUGUCAAAAAGAUGUGAUGAAAUGAAGAAGCUUUAUAGCAACAUACUGGUAAAAUCUGGGGAGCCACAAGACCUAGACUCUCAGGAACUAUUUGGAUGGAUAUCUUCAUUCAUUA